AGCGCUCCAUGGCCGCGCCGCUGGCACAGCCGCAGCCUCUCCUCUGUCAGCCGCCGCUCGCAGACCCUCGUUGCCGUUGGGUAAACCGGGUGAUGGGCUCAUUAAAAGAGAGCAAAUGAGUGCACGAGUGGCACCCGCUGCAAGCUGUGGCUCCGCGCUGGAGCCCGGCCAGCCCCUCCACACUGCCUUCCUGCGGUGCCAUUGGGGUGGCGUUGACCUCUGGGUCGCUGGGCCAGGAACUCGAUGAGUUCUGCAGCACGGUUGGUGCCUGCAGCUGAGAGACGCUGCUGGGGCGCACAGCACCGCCGUUAUCCAUCAGCUGGCUGCUGUCGGCAGCCUGAGCUCGUGUCCUUGCCUUACGCUUAGUUUACAAGGGUCUGUAAAACUUGAUGUCAGUGCUGGGGCACGGCGUGCCCACAGAGCAGCUGGGGCGGCCGCUUGGCUCCUGGGCGAGCCUGGGUGUGCACAGCCCUUCUGCUUCACGUUCCUUCUUCUGCACACCUUCCUGCUGCCCUCGUGCAGCAUUCAGCCAUCCCUGCUGCUGGGCUGCACCUGACCCUGCGUGUGCUUUGAGCCUCUUCCUUUCUGUCACACACUCCAGGGCGCAUCUUGCUCUCUCCAUCUCCGCAGCUGAAUUUAACCUCUCAAAGGCUUUUUUUCUCACAUCCCAAGCUCUGUUGCUGUCCUCAUUUCGUACAGGCUUGUUUUCUACCCUGCAGAUCUCUGCCCUUCUCUGCACGCCGCUGCUGACCCGCGCUGUGGUCGGCUGAGCCCCCCACUGCAUGGGGCUCAGUGACCCCAUUCUCAGUAGGUCUGAGUGCUGCUAUGGGACAAAGGAGUGCAGCUCUGGCGUUUGUUUGCAUAUUGAGUGGUGGGUUUGUGGCAAGGGAGCUGGCAGCACUGUGAGCCCCAUCGUGCUCCAUCUGGAGGAGCUGCUGGGAGCACUCAGUGCUGGGUUCCCAACCGUGUUCUGUUUGCAUUGGGGCUCUGAUCACUUUCCUGCCUUUUGCUUGCUGCAGAAGUUCAGCUUGCAAUGAGACAAGCGGGUUUGGAGUCUCAAGUUGCACAUUUAUGUUUAAAAACUUUCUUGAUACAAUGGCCAUGAGAAGUGGGGCAAGGUGGAGCAGCAGCUUCAGAUCCUCCUGCAGGGUUGGCAGGCUCCUCUGUAAGGCAGAAAUGUCCAAAGGAAAACCAUCCCCAGCAGCAGGCAGUGGGGCUGUCUGUACUUCUGUCCCCAGUUCCAGGCUGGGGCUCCCAGCAGUGAGGUCUCACUGGGCUGAAGGAGAAUUGAAGGGAUGCACUCAGUGGGCAGCAUUGGCAGUAGGGGACGGUCAGACUGGAUGACCUUGGAGGUCUUUUCCAGCCUUGGUGAUUCGGUGAUCCUCUGCCUUCAGGGUGUGCUGCAGUUGCUGCUCCAGCCCUGCCCCAUAGCUGGGGGUUACGGUGAUGGCUUUGUGGUUCGGCUUGUGUUCCCGCACUCUGGGUUCUCCCUGCCCACUGUGCUGCUGGCACAGCUUUGGCACACUGCUGGCCACGUGUGUUCAGUGCAGCCCGUGUGCCUCACCGCCCUGCGGCCGCUCCGUCAUUUCAUACUGCUGUCAGCUGGGAGUCUGUGAGUGCUGCUGAGCUCUGCUGGCGUUUCACGCCAUGCGAGUGCCCAGCAUGGAGUUUAAUGGCUGGCAGACAGGCUCGGUGAGAGCACCGUGUCUCAGCGAGCUGCUUGGCAGGCUCUGAGCACACCUCCAUCGCUGCAGGACAGCCUGCUGGUUGCUUCGUGGCCGUGAAUUCUGUUUGUAUUGGUGCCUGCCAAACUCAGCAGUCUCCCAGCACUGUGCACGGGACGGUGGAAGGCCUCGUGGUGCACUGCGUGCUCUGCACACCGGGCAGCACUGCUGUUGGUUAUGUGAGCAGGAGAGACCGGCUGUGCUCUGUGCAGAGCUGCCCGCCCGUCCUCUGGGGGUGACGUUGCUGUGCUGUGUCACAUCGCUCCUUCUGGCUAAGAGUGCACAGAAGUUUCUGCUGAGUGCUUGCUGGAUUGCUCCGUUUGCAGCUCAGGGUGCGUCGCCUCUUGGGGGAUUUGAGCUCCUUCAGUCGCAGCUGAGCCCGGAGUUCUGCACAGGAUAAAAAUAGCAGGCGGCGUCUUCGGUUGCGUAAAGGCGAGUCGCUCCCACGAUAAGGACGGCAGCAGUGAUAGAAUGCGGAAACCGGGGCCCCAGAAAGCCAUAGACUGGAAGGAUGGUAAGAAGCACAAGUACGGCCGCCCGCCAGAGUCCCCCUCCCAGUACCAAGGUCACUUUACCUGGGAGAAAUACCUGAAGGAGACAUGUGCUGUCCCAGCGCCCCCCCAUUGCUUCAAGCAGUCCUACACUCCUCCUGCCAACGAGUUCAAGAUCAAUAUGAAACUGGAAGCCCAGGACCCGCGGAACACCACAUCCACGUGCAUCGCCACGGUGGUGGGGCUGACGGGCGCGCGCCUCCGCCUGCGCCUCGACGGCAGCGACAACAAGAACGACUUCUGGCGGCUGGUGGACUCAGCUGAGAUCCAACCCAUCGGGAACUGUGAGAAGAACGGAGGGAUGCUGCAGCCUCCUCUGGGCUUCCGGCUGAAUGCCUCCUCCUGGCCCAUGUUCCUCCUGAAGACUCUGAAUGGAGCAGAGAUGGCUCCCAUCCGGAUAUUUCACAAGGAACCACCAUCUCCAUCCCAAAACUUCUUCAAGACAGGUAUGAAGCUGGAGGCGGUGGACAGGAAGAACCCUCACUUCAUCUGCCCGGCCACCAUUGGGGAGGUGAGAGGUUCUGAGGUCCUCAUAACAUUUGAUGGCUGGAGAGGUGCCUUCGAUUACUGGUGCCGAUAUGAUUCCCGGGACAUCUUUCCCGUAGGCUGGUGCUCGCUGACUGGAGAUAAUCUGCAGCCCCCUGGAACAAAAGUUGUGAUUCCAAAGAGCCCUUUACCUGCCUCCGAAGUAAACUCGGAGAAGCCUAGCAUGCACAGUAGCACAAAGACUGUUUUGGGGCAUCAACAAGGGCAAGGGCGUCGCAAAGCAGGGAAGAAGCGUGGUCGAACGACCAAAGCGCUAAUCCACCACCCCAUGCCUGCGCCCUCCAAAUCAGUGGAGCCUUUGAAAUUCCCCAGAAAGAGAGGCCCCAAGCCUGGCAGUAAGAGGAAACCUAGGACAUUGCUGAGCCCAGCACCCACCUCUCCAACCACCAGUACCCCUGAACCCGACACAAGCACUGUGCCCCAGGACGCUGCUACAGUCCCCAGCUCUGCCAUGCAGGCUCCCACAGUUUGCAUUUACUUGAACAAGAAUGGCAGUGCUGGGCCCCACCUAGACAAGAAGAAAAUUCAGCGGCUGCCGGACCACUUUGGACCAGCUCGAGCCUCUGUUGUCCUGCAGCAAGCAGUGCAGGCCUGCAUCGAUUGCGCUUACCAUCAGAAAACAGUCUUCUCCUUCUUAAAACAAGGCCACGGGGGAGAGGUCAUCUCAGCUGUGUUUGAUCGGGAACAGCACACUCUGAACCUGCCCGCAGUAAACAGUAUCACCUACGUCCUCCGCUUCCUGGAGAAGCUGUGCCACAACCUCCGCAGUGACAACCUCUUUGGGAACCAGCCUUUCUCCCAGCACAGCCACGCACCACGCUCACACGAGUACGACCACGACAGGUAUCUACCAGACAGAAGCAGUUCGUUAGACGGCACUCUGCAGGGACCAGGCCGGGGUACAAAGCGCUAUUGCCAAGAUUCCCCUCCGUACAGUGCUCCUCUCUCCCCCAAGUUACCAAAGAAUGACCGUCACCCGCUGGAAGGUGAAACCUUCGUGCUGGGAGACGGCCCCCCCGGGCCCCUUGAGCCUCGCAUGGACCCCAUGGACUCUGCCCUGAACGCCGUCAACGCCUCCGGUCACAGCCGAAGCUCCAGGGAGUUCCGCCUGCAGGGAUACCGGCACCUGCACCAGCCCUGCAGCCUCAGCCAGGGCAGCACCUCUGCGCUGGGCAGGCUCGGCUCCACGGGCUCCGAGCGGUACCGCGAGGGCACACGGCUCAGCAGCCGCGACCCCUCGUGCUGGACGGUGGAGGAGGUGAUGCAGUUCAUCCGGGAGGCAGACCCGCAGCUGGGACCCCACGCUGAUCUCUUCCGGAAGCACGAAAUCGACGGGAAGGCGCUGCUGCUGCUGCGCAGCGACAUGAUGAUGAAGUACAUGGGGCUGAAGCUGGGCCCGGCCCUGAAGCUCACCUACCACAUCGACAAGCUGAAGCAAGGCAAGUUCUGAGGACGCUCGGCAGGACGGCCCCCGCGCUCACCCGCAGUCCGUCCGCACGCACCCACCCACCCACGCCACCGCCGCAGCCCGGCUGCAGGGACGCACCACGCAGAGCCCUGUGCCCUCAGCCCCUCCUCCCCCCCUGGCUGCUUGGCCACGUGGAACAGGGUGGGUGGCCAUCCCCAGCCCCCAGCACUGCCCGUCUUCCACGCCAGCACGGAGCGGCUCAGCACCGGCCCCCCCGGGGGUCCUCCGUAUUUAUUUGGGACUGGGGAGGCCCAGGAGAUGGAGCGAGCCAGGGGGCUGAGGAGCGGGGCUGGGCACCGUGGGACUCAUCAGCCCUUCUCUCCCCUUCGCCUUUUUUUUAUGAUGAGGAGUUGUCCGUUGAAAACUAUGACUUUUUUUGUACCUGAUGUCGAACUCACAGCUCCUGGGGAUUUACAGCUGGAGGUGCAGAGCCCACCUCCCCGCAGCCGUCCUCCUCCCUGCAGCUCCGUCCCAGCCCGGUGCCGGGCAGGGGGCUCUGUCUGAUGUAUUUAUUUGCGAUGGCACUUGGGCUCUGAGCUGCCAGCCGGGGGUGCGGGGUCCAUCCCUGCACAUCCCCCAUGCAGCAGCGGGUGGGACCACAGAGCAGAGCCCCCGCACUGCCAGGGAGCUCUGCUGCACUGCUCCAUCCCUGGGGUACCCCCAAUGCUGCCCCACUUCCCCACAGCGCAGCUGGGGGGUGGGGGGGGAGGGGGGCAGGUUUACCCCAAAGGGGAAAGUUGCAAAGGAAAAAAAAAGAAAAAAAAAAGGCAAAACCUGCAAACCCAAAGUGACAGAAAGGCUUCCGUAAUACAGCACUGCCUGCACUGCUCCCUGCUCACAGGGGGGGUCCCACACAUGGGGGUCCCGCACCCCCCACCCGUACCUGCGCCGCUCCCGCUGCAGCCAGGCCCCCACGCGGGCUCAGCCCGUGUUUUCCUCUGCACUUAUUUUACGUCUAUUUGUUUAUAAAUAAAAGAAUAACGCAGA